AAAAAGGUGUAGCCGAACACGGAGGCAGCUCAAACGAGGUUUGCGUCUUAUAAAAGCUUAUAUAUUUAUAUAUUCUCACUUGGCUUUGCAGCUUAUUCUGAGCACAGUAGCUGGUUCCGACGCGCGAGGCUGCCCUUAAACGCCGCUGGGCAUCACCGCCGAUAUAAAGGAUGACACGUUUUAUUAUAUUCAGCGUGAAUUGAGAAAAAGUCUCCUUACAAUAACCAGUUAAAUAAAGAGGAGAGGAGGGUGUGUUUAGGGUGUAGGGGGCAAGCUAUGAUCCGAGGAUGAUUUCUGCUAAGAAAACUCCGGAGAAGAGUCGCUAUCCUGUCCACUAUCUGGUGUGGCACAACAAGCACCGGCAGCUGGAGAAGGAGCUGGCGGCGAACGAGCAGACUGAUUUAGAGUCUCUGGACCCUCGCGGUCGGACUCCUCUUCACCUGGCUGUGACGCUGGCCCACCUGGACUGCGCCAGGGUCCUGCUGCAGCGCGGAGCGGACGUGAGCAAGGAGAACCGCAAUGGAUGGACCGUUCUCCAGGAGGCGGUGAGCACACGAGAUCCAGAGUUGGUGCGUCUCGUGCUCCGUUACCGUGACUACCAGAGGACUGCCAAGAGGCUGGCGGGCAUCCCUGUCCUGCUGGAGCAACUGCGCCAAGCCCAGGACUUCUAUGUGGAGAUGAAAUGGGAGUUUACCAGCUGGGUGCCCCUGGUGUCUCGUAUCUGCCCCAGCGACACCUACAGAGUUUGGAAGAGCGGUCAGUGUCUCCGCGUUGACACCACCCUGAUGGGCUUCGACCAGAUGACCUGGCAGAGAGGAAACCGGAGCUUCAUUUUCAGGGGACAAGACUCCAGCGCAGAGGUGAUGGAGGUCGACCAUGACAGGCAGCUGGUGUUCUGCGAGACUUUGUGUGUCGCGUCCCUCGCGACCCUCUCGCCCGGCGGCGGUGGCGGGAACGCCGGCGCCUGCGUCGGCAACGCCGCCGGUUUGAACCUUCUGGGGGCGACGCAGCCCAGCGACGAGCAGGUAGCAGCCAGGCUGUCCGCCGCCGUGGUCACGACUCAGCUGGACACCCGCAACAUCGCCUUCGAGAGGAACAAGACGGGCAUACUGGGCUGGAGGAGCGAGAAGACGGAGACAGUGAAUGGAUACGAAGCCAAGGUGUUCGCAGCAUCCAACGUGGAGCUGAUCACCAGGACCAGAACGGACCAUCUGUCGGACCAGAACAAGAACAAGACAAAAGGCGGGAAGACUCCACUGCAGAACUUCCUCGGGAUUGCUGAGCAACACCUGGGCCCUAACAACGGCGCCCUGGUGACCCAGAUGACGUGUCCUGUGAUCACCAACCCCGCGGCGCUGACGGCGGAGGAAUACUUCAACCCCGGCUCGUCACCGACUCAGAGGGACAUCGGACACCCGUGCCAGCUCACCACCAAGACCCAGAGGUUCAAAGCCAAGCUGUGGCUGUGCGAGUCCCACCCUCUGUCCCUGGCCGAACAGGUGGUGCCCAUCAUCGACCUCAUGGCCAUCUCCAACGGGCUGUUCGCCAAGCUGCGAGACUUCAUCACUCUGCGUCUGCCGCCCGGCUUCCCCGUCAUGAUCGAGAUCCCGCUGUACCACAUCCUCAACGCCAGGAUCACCUUCAGCAACCUGAACGGCUGCGAGGAAGGCUCCGGCAACCGGGCGGACAACGACGUGGGGGUGGAGGGGGACGGACGGAGGGACGCCCCGAGGACGGAGACCCCAUCGCCGGGCAGCGACUCCUCCAGCGUGUCCAGCUCCAGCUCCACCACGUCGUGUCGAGCCGGAGAGAUUCCCCCGUGUGUGUUCGAGGCCCCGGCCGGAUACUCCAUGCUCACGGGAGGCAAGCAGAGAGACAGCAUGAGGGACGAGGAGGAGGACCUGCUGCAGUUUGCCAUACAGCAGAGUCUGCUGGAGGCCGGCUCCGAAUACGACCAGGUGACCAUCUGGGAGGCGCUGACCAACAGCAAGCCGGGAACACACCCUCUGCCCUGUGAGCCGAGUCGUCUGGAGAGGCGAGGGGAUGGAUACACACUCUUCCCCUUGUUUGACACAAUCUUGCUGUUGCAGUGUUCACUGACAUCAGUGUUACGAUGUUUGAGGAAACCGGGGUGGUUAUAUAAUUCAUGUCCUGCGAGGGGUAAAGAAGAAAAAAAAGAAAAGGACCCCCCAGCACAAGCCCCGAGCCCCCUCCAGCCUCUCCUCCACCCCCUCCAAGAAGCCGCCGACCGCCUGCAGCUACAACGAGCAGCUGCGCAUCGCCAUGGAGAUCUCGGCUCGAGAGCAGGAAGAGGCGGAGCUUCGGCGGCGGCGGGAAGAGGCCGAGCUGCAGCGCAUCAUCCGGCUGUCACUCAUGGAGAAAUGAGAGCCGAGCGGCGGCCCAGCAUGGGGUCUGAGGGAGGGGGGAGGGGGGAGGGGUUCGGACCAAGGGCACAUGGGAGGAAAGGGCAGUAAAGGCUCUUUUUCUUUUUUAUAAAAGCACACACGCCGGAAGUAAACGGCAGAAUCAUCUCGCUGGCUCCACGCCACCAAUCGGCCUCCUUCUCUCUUCUCUCUCACCCGUCUCCUUCUCCGGACCUUUCCCCCCGGGAAGCCACGCAGAGACGUCACUUUGCUCCCUCUGGGGCCCCGGGGUCUGGUACUUUAGGCCGGUGCCAGUUUACAACCAACGAUACAUCCAAUACAACACGUCUAGUGUGUGUGUGUGUGUGUGUGUGUGUGUCAGCUCUAAGCACAGUUAACAGGUCACCUUCUGACCUGAAAACACAUCGACACACACAGUCGAGCUGUGUGGAUGUUUCCAGUCUUAACUGAUAUUUUAGGAAAGAGAGAAUACUGUAACCUCGUUUGAGUCGAACGUGGACAAAACCCCGACGUCGAAUGAAAACUAAAGAAGAAAAAAAGACUGACUUUAAACUUUUCGUUUUUUUAUUUGCACAACAUCCAGAUGUACUGUAUUUAGCUCGUUGGCAGAUGGCGUACAGUACAUGACCGUUAAUGGAUGUAGAUGACGAGCACAAGCUCGGCUCUGGGUUCAGACUUCACAGACGGGGCGAGACCGAAUGAGUGUGUGGCUAUACGCCUGCGUGUGUAAUUCAAAUAAUAAAGGGACUCGAUCGUGGGGGUUUUUUUGGGAAGUGGAUUGUGGAAUAAAAUGUGUUACGUGUACAUUUGCAUCCUCUCACCUUACAUGAGCGGAUGAUUUCCUUUCAAAUGCGUGUCGAAGCAUGCUCUGCGCUCGCGUGAGGUUCAUCGAGUCCGACUCGAGCCUGGAGUCGAGAUGACGACAUCACGGCACGCUCUCGGAGGGCCUCGCUGGUUCCACAAAUCUGAAAAAUCACCCGCGAAAACAACAACUGUGGAGCGCCGUGUUCUCAAAUUGGAACGAUUGUUUCGGUCUUGCUCUCAUCAUUGUGAGUCGCAUCACAUCACGAGAGCUCGAGGCCGACCGAGCACCGAGGAGCACAUUUGGUAGUUUUGCGGAUGCGACAUUUUGAAUUUUUUUUCCAUUUUUGUUGUUGUGUUGCAUUAUUUCUUCAAAAUAAAUGUAGGCUACAACUUCUGUCACUAAUAUCAGCACAAAACAGAGGAGGACCACCUCGGCCUCCUCUCCGAUUCACAUUUAUUUAAGCUUGCCUGAUCGAUUACGAUAUGUUCAGUUGUUGUUUUUUUACUUUUUAAAAAGAGACGCAGCGAAGAUGUUUUCGUGGUGAACGCCGGGGACGCGAGUCGAGACAAUGAUUCAAAUAAAGAAACAUCUUUUUUUGGAACAUGA